CACACCCCCGGCGGAGCGUCGUCGUCGCAAUGUCACCCGAAUAUUACCAGCGCAGUGCCAGGGAGCACGUUCGCGGGUCAACCCCAAUCGAGACGCGUGAAUUAACAGCCGACAUCCUCGCGCGCGAAGGCGCUAUUCAUAUUCCCACCCCGAAUGACUCCCAGACAUCUCACAAUGGCUACGACAACGAUGCAGCCGUGCAGGACACCGACAAUAGUAGCAGUGGUGGCGACGACGACGACGACGACGACGACGACGACGACGACGACAUCAAGCCUGACGAGGCUUGCUCCGAUUCGUCGAGCGACAUACCUGUGGGAGACACAAAGAUAAACCCUUUCAAGAACAGGCGCGAGCUACAGGACGAAAUUGAGCAGCUGGAGUCACAAGUUCGCAAAUUGAGAUGUGAGCUAGCCCUGGAGCAGGUCCGUCGCCCUACGUUAUACGGAGGGUCCUACUUCAAGAAACAGCUGGAUGGGAUCCGGCAAAGGAUCCGGAAGUGGACCGUUACUUAUUUCACACAUGCUGGCGGCCACUGGACCCAAUCCGCACAGAGGAGAUUCAGAAGAUUGAGCGAGGAUUGGGCAGCUUAUCUCGAACACGAACAACUGCGUCCCUGGCUAAUCCAGGCGCGUCUGUGGCACCUCUUGCAGGCGCGCUUGUUCGAUACAAUGUCAAAGAAGAGAUUUAGUUAUAUUUUCACCGGACGCACAAAGAAUUUCUCCUUUGAUACAAUGCUUGCACAAGAGUUGCAAAAGAGCAGUCCUGCAGACCGUAGAACCUGUCAUGAGUUGCGAGCGUCGAACUUUGCCGUGCUAUUUCCUGGCAUAGGCCAUGAGAUUGGCGUGUCACCGCACAUGCAAGAGGAAAUCGACUUUCGGGUCAAGCAACUUCGAAGAGAGAUAUGGGGGUUGUUGUGGCCCUACGCUCGGCAAGAUAUACCAAAGGAAGAUAGGCGGAAUGCGAAAGCUUAUCUGGAAGACAUCAUGUUAGAUGCCAUUUACUUCGAUCUUGACAUCAGAAAGGAUGUCGCUGAAACUUCGUUCUUUUCUCGACGUUGCCGCGUCGGAGACGUCUUUGAUGCGGACUUGAUGGAGGAGGCGAGAGAUGGAGAAGGUGAAGGCCGCGUUAGACUUAUCGUUUCCCCGGCAUUACACCGAGAAGAUUACCCCGACGAUGUCUCAAGAGCCGUGUUGAUAAGAAAGGCUCAAGUCGUCUCCGGCGUACUUGAAAGACUUCCGCGGAAAGCCAGUCGAAGCCGAGACAUGGAAGCCAUGUACCACGACCCGGGUCAGUCGAUAAUGGACAUGGACGUGGAAAAACCAAUCAAGGAUCCCGGAAAAGCAAUGCAGGACGUAGCAGCUACCAAAGGUCUAGUCCAGAUUCACCAAGAAGCAAAACAGGACGCGGUACGAGCAGAAUCUAGCAAAGCGGUACCACUUUGUGACCGUUGUUUGAUUAAUAGCACAACAAAUCGGUGCGGAGGUUGGCCUCGUCGCUUCGUGAAAGCUCUUGCAGUUUUGCGGCAGGAAAAGACGUUGAUUGCACGCUUCCGAAGGUAUAGCCUCUACUUCGACGGUAUGUCCCAGAAGCUUAUUUGUAAGCAGGAUAUAUCUGUAGCAGAUACUUCGGGGGUACGCGAUCUUGCCACCGCUAGCAGGGAGGACGGCCGAACCGCACCUGCCAGGAGCUUUUGUGAGACUGACACGCGCUGGCUGACUAAACUUGCUGGUGCGUACAGUACGUUCAUACACGCUAAAAACUCGCUUGGGCAAACCAAGCUACGACGGCCUAAGAUGGUGUUAGCGGAAAGGGGGGUUGGCGAGAUAAAGAAGGCAGGUUGUGGUUUAACCCAGCAGCUGUAUGGGGAGCUGGCAAACCUAAUCUGUGAGGAUAGGAAUGGAGGUAUAUAUAGUGCAAGAUAUACAAGGCGGCAAUGCUUUUGUCUAAAAGCCGAAGCCAUUCCUCAUCCCGCGGGGCUAAGCGUCUUCCAUCCGACGUCGUUUAGGCUGUGUGGGACAGCCAGUUGGGUCAUUACGGUCUGA